CCGUUUUGGCUCCAGCUCGCCGUUGCGAGUAGAGGCUCUGGCCGCGUGCUCUGCCUGUUUCGCCGCGCAAGCGCCAUGUCGGCUGCCUCACAAUCGUCGCAUGACAAGCGGUACGACGUCUCUUUAGGAGGAGGGUGGAGUUGGUUUGGUAAUCUUUCCAAGCCUGAGGCGGAGCUACAUUCCGAGAGGUACGUCAGCUACAUGAUGAGCAUCGACCUCGUCCUCAGGGAUUGGUCGGAGAAGAAGAUCAGCGACUCCAAAGCGCUCCUGAACGCCGACCACUACAUGCACAAGGUGACCGGACUCGGCACAGUGAACGCCGAGCGAACCAGGUUCCUCCUCAUGCAGAAGGGCCUCGACGACCAGAGACGACUGGACCUGCAGCGCGAGUACCAGGCGCUGAGAAAGGCGUGCGGCCUGGCGCAGCACAUCAGGCCUGGCCACGGCCACCACGACGGCCACGGACGCGUUCGCCCAGAUUGCUGUGCGGCAGCGCAGAAGAAGCUCCCGUGCUGCUGA